ACCUUUGCCAGUCUCGUCUCGUGUCUGCUUUGUUAAGUUCCAUGAUGCGGACUCAGCAGUUGUGGCACAGCAUCUGACAAAUACUGUUUUCGUUGACAGAGCUUUGAUAGUCGUACCAUAUGCAGAAGGUUUGUGCUUUGUUUUAACUAUCUAUGUGGGCAUCCUAAGAUGACCAUCUACCUCAGUAUAGUUGUAGAGUGAGCAUUAGUAGCAUGUUAAAAUCUAAGCAAUUAACAUUUUGAAACCCUUGUUAUACUGCAGUACUUUAUUUUUACUUGCAGUUUUUUUAUUCUAAUAAUUAGAGAUCAGAUAUUUUUAUAAGAAUUUAACCUUUUGCUUUCACUUUCAUUGAAACCAUAUUCCUACUUGUAACUCUCUGUGGUACAUCUAUUUAAUGUUAAGUUUUAUGAAAAAGUCCCGAAGGUAAAUGGCUAACUCCAUGUACAUUAAAAAAAAAAAAAAAAAAAAAAUCCUUCAAGUGCAUGUUGUUUUUAACUGAGUGACUAGGUUAGUCUUAUUUCCUUAAUGCUUCCUUGAACUGAUAACUUGCAAAAAAAAAAAAAAAAAAAAAUCCCACAUUGAAUUCCAGUAUACCAAGGGUUACAAUGAUACUGUUUUUUGUGAAAGUUCAAGAUUUCCUAUAGCUUAGGUGCCAGAUGGGCACUGGGUAUUUUGUUUUUAUGCCAGAUUUUCUUGUUCAUUCUUGUUAUAUUUCUAGAAUAUCUCUAAAUAAUAAAUUCUUCUCUCUGUUAUUUGUGUGUGUGAUUUUUGUAGUGGAGAAGGCAAAUGCAAAACCCUUCCAGAUGACUGAAAAACAGUGGGUCCUCUGCAGCUACAGGGGAUUCUAGACAUUAACUAAAGGCCAGCAAGCACUCAAGUCCCCCAAGUGUUUUCCUGGUGUAAUCAUUUGUUAACUACAUUUUCUCUCUUUUUACAUUUUAGGCUGUUAAUUUGACAGAAAAAAAUGAGCAGGUUUUUUGGAUCUUAAAAAGCCACUGUGACAAGACAGCACUAUUUUAAUGCCAUUUUGUAAAAAUUUCUAAGGCAUAUUUUAUAAUUAGUUUGUUCCCAGUGUACUGCUACUUGAUUUGCUUUUUGGUAACUAUAAAUAUUGAUCAAAGAAAUCACAUAUGAUAAAAUUACUGGAUUUUAAGUGAUAAUUUAAUAUACUGACCAGGGUUUACAUGCUUUCCCCUUUGUUUAAUUAACUGGUCAGUGGAAGCAGAAUCUUGUUAUUGUUGAUUUUAGAUGCUAUUGGAUCUUUGAAUACAAAUGUGAACGUUGACACCAUACCUUGUAAAAGUUGUGAAAUGUCUAAAUUUAGAGAAAUUGCCUCUGGUUUUCUAAAGAAAUUAACUUAUUCAGAGAUGGGUUAAGGCAUGCUAUAUAAUAAGUACAUUUAUCUUCAUAAUAUUAAAGUGUAUGGGCUCAGUUUUAAGGUUUUUAAAGAUAGGUAAUUUUUGAGUUAGUAUGUUUUGGUUAAGCAAUUUCUUUUAUGUCACUUGUGCCUAUUAUAGGAUAAGACUUAAUCACCAACAGAAAAUUUACAGAGUUCAAAUUCAGGAUGAGUAAAAUAUAUAUAGGUCUUGAAACAAGGGUCAAACCAUGUGAGUAAUAUGCAAAGCAUUUGAGUUAGCCAUUAAAUUUAAAGAAUUUUUAUUGGAAAAGUGUUACAGUUCCCAAGCCUGGAACAUAAUACAGUAUAUCAUAUAUAACUGACUUUGAUAAAUAUUUUUAGGCUACAGUAAUUUUUUUAGAUCUGUUUUUGAAAGUGAGGUUGGGGAAUAUAUAGAAUUACAGAAAUAUUUAGCUCAGAAAUUUAUUUUUGCUGUAUUUAAUUAUGAUAUGCUGUAUUAAUGUUAUCUCCACUAAGUAAUUUGGUGUAUUCAAUCCCUUUGUCACCAUUCACUCUGAUUUUAGCUCUUACACUUUGGUGUUGGCUCUUGGUCAGUUGUUUUAGAACAAUAGACAAAAAGUCUACGGUAAGGAAUAGUCUUAAUUAAUAAAACAGCCAGAUUUGGAAGGAACUCUUUAAUAGUAAUGGAUUUGGGGGUUAUUUAGGUUCCUUGGUUAAUGUUUGUUUCUUUUGUCUGUUUCUUUUUCUUUCAUUUCUACACAUUCAUGCAGUAUUUCAUGGUUCUAUCAAAGCAGCAGUAAAAAAAAUACUCUUGACGCAUGAAAAUUAACUGUUCUUUUCCCUGGUUCAGCCUGAACUAUAUACCAGGCCCUGCUGAAAAUACCACCCAACAGUUUUCUUCUGCAGCUUAUCCAGUUUCUCUUAAGUGCCCUGUACAUAUUUGAAGCAGCCGACACGAGUCGUUGUUCAUAAAACAGCUUUUGAAAGUUGAGAGCACACCCCUGGAGAACCGACUGUGCUUGCUUACGUUUGGUUCAUGACUUAAAAAUCGAGUACAGGAGUUAUUCCUGAUGAGACUAAGGCUUUGUCUCUGUUGGCACCAGCUAAUGCAGUGGCAGGUCUUCUGCCUGGUGGUGGACUCCUGCCUACACCUAAUCCACUUACCCAGAUUGGCGCUGUUCCAUUGGCUGCUUUGGGAGCUCCUACUCUUGAUCCUGCCCUUGCUGCACUUGGGCUUCCUGGAGCAAACUUGAACUCUCAGUCUCUUGCAGCAGAUCAGUUGCUGAAGCUUAUGAGCACUGUUGAUCCUAAGUUGAAUCAUGUAGCUGCUGGUCUUGUUUCACCAAGUCUGAAAUCAGAUACCUCUAGUAAAGAAAUAGAGGAAGCUAUGAAAAGAGUACGAGAAGCACAGUCCUUGAUUUCUGCUGCUAUAGAACCAGAUAAGAAAGAAGAAAAAAGAAGGCAUUCAAGAUCAAGAUCACGUUCUAGGAGGAGAAGGACUCCCUCAUCUUCUAGACACAGGCGAUCAAGAAGCAGAUCGAGGAGGCGAUCACAUUCUAAGUCAAGGAGUAGACGACGAUCCAAAAGUCCAAGACGGAGAAGAUCUCAUUCCAGAGAAAGAGGUAGAAGAUCAAGGAGCACAUCAAAAACCAGAGAUAAAAAGAAGGAAGACAAAGAAAAGAAACGUUCCAAACACCACCAAAAAAGUUACAGCACAGCCAGACGUUCGAGAAGUGCGAGCAGUUUGCACAUUUGUGAUUCUAGAGAGAGACGACGAAGAAGAAGCAGGAGUGGAACAAGAUCUCCUAAAAAGCCUAGGUCUCCUAAAAGAAAAUUGUCUCGCUCACCAUCCCCUAGGAGACAUAAAAAGGAGAAGAAGAAAGAUAAAGACAAAGAAAGAAGCAGAGAUGAAAGGGAACGAUCAACAAGCAAAAAGAAAAAGAGUAAAGAGAAAGAGAAAGAACGGGAAAGAAAAUCAGAGAGUGAUAAAGAUGUAAAACAGGUUACACGGGAUUACGAUGAAGAGGAACAGGGGUAUGACAGUGAGAAAGAGAAAAAAGAGGAGAAGAAACCAACAGAAACAGGUUCCCCUAAAACAAAGGAAUGUUCUGUGGAAAAGGGAACUGGCGAUUCACUAAGAGAAUCCAAAGUGAAUGGGGAUGAUCACCAUGAAGAAGACAUGGAUAUGAGUGAUGAAUACUGCCUCUGUGGGGAGUCCAACUGUAUACAUGCAUCAGUGUCAUUCCUUUGUGUGAUUUCUUAAUGCUGUAUUUGUUCAUCUCAAUCCUAGAUGUAUACAGCUCUGAGUUAAGUGGUUAUAAAGCUCCUGAUAUUAUUUACAUCAAAAAGCUUUUAGAAAAUGAUACAUGGGUAGCCAACUCUUGUCAUGGUGAAAUCUGAUUGAGUAACCAAGCAGUUUUACUAUUCUGGUGCUGCUUCAUAACAAAAGUGAAAAGCUGCAUGCAUCUACAGCAGGCAUGGAUUGUUUAUGUUGUACGAUCUCCUUUAUUACGUAAGUUCACUUAUAGUAUUUCUAGAAUUUGAUUCAUUGCCGUAAUAGAGCCAUGUAGGGAAUGCACUGAUUGCAUGUUAUUGUGGCAAGAAUAUCCUAAAUGUCAUUAAAAUCCUCCAACAUGAUGGAUCUACUUAUGGUCUUGUUUGUUGACAUGACAAAUUAACAUUCUUAGAGUUACAUCUGGAAAUGAGCAUUUGAAAUAGAUAAUCCUUUAAGCCUUGUGGCUCAAUUUUUGUGGCUUUUGUUUAACUUUUGAAAGGUUACAUAUGCACUAACCUUUUUUGAUGGCUAAUUAGGCUUUAAUUACAGAAACAACAUUUCAAAUAAAACUGUCUUUGGCGGUGAGUAAAUAGCAACAUAUUUUGAAGUAGAGUUGUAUACUUUUCAUAGGUGUUUGGAAUUUUUUUUCCUAAAGUAAUUUAUUCCAUAUCUACAUCAGUGAAAGUUAUCCGCCUAUCUUGAGUCCAUCUGUGAAAGAAAGUUGUCUCUUGUCCUGAUUUUCAAUUUUUCUUUUUAAUUUGUUUUAAGGCUCACUUUGGAAAAAAGGGGGUAGUGCAUUUUAAAUUGACCUUCAUAUGCUUUAAAAUAAGACAGAUCUACUUGAUAAUGUACUUUUAUUUGAUCUCAAGUUGUACAAAACCAAUAAAUUUUGUGUUACUAUUACUACAGUAGUAAUCUUAAUGCACACAGUGAUUCCAUGUUAUAUUGCAAAGUAGUUAGGCAACUGUUUUCUUAGUUACAGGAGUUUCAAGCUUCACUUUUGUGCAGUAAAAAACAAAAGUAGGCUACAGUCUGUGCCAUGUUGAUGUACAGUUUCUGAAAUUGUUUUACAAGACUUUGAUAAUAAAACCCUUAAACUUAUGUUCAUGUUCCUGUAAAAACUGUAUUGUAUUAUUUACAUUAUUUGAAUGUAAGACAUUUACCUCAUUCAUUUUACAAAAUUCUUUCCCUUCUAUCCACGUUUAAAUACAGUAACAAGAUGAAAUCCAUCACCUUAUGGUGGUAUUUGCCAUCAGAAUUGUCACAAAUAAUUGAAUUUCUAUCUAAAACAGUCUUGAUAUAAGUUUCUCAUAUUUUGGAUGUGGGAAUGGGGUUGGAUCAACAAUGAACUUUAGGAUAAUGAUCCACUUAUAAUUAGUAAAUUAUAUUUUCAGUGAAAUAAAUAUUUGCCUUUUCUGAAAUAAUAUAGAAAAACUGUCAAUGAUAUGUAUACUGUACAGUACUAAAUAGUCUAUUUAUUCAUUUAUGAAAUAGUAGUGUUUGGGAUUAAAGAAAGUUGAGACUUGGAGUUGUAGUUCUAUCCAAGUUUUCAGUAAAAUUUGAUUUUUUUAAAAAACUGUUCUAAAGUUGAAAUGCCAUAUAGAAAAGCAGCGUUUUUAUAGUUUGUAGUAAUUUUUUAAGAUUUUAUCAGAAACUUUGUCUAUGGCAAGUAUAAGAAUAGAAAUGGUCCGAAUAAUCACAGAUUUUUUUUUUUUUUUUUGAGUGCAAAUGACAUUUGUUUAAAUUUAGAAGAAAAAACUCUUAGUAACGGUUAAACCAUGUGACAUGACCAUUUUUAUGUCAAAAAACAAGACUGGCAGUUUUAUGGGGUAAAAAAGCAUUCAAAGUCUAUUCCCUCACUGGAUACAAAUAUUUUCUAAAGGUAUUUUAAAAAUGGGGAUUUUAAAAUAGUGCCACUGACUUAAGAUACUGCAGUGAAGGGAAUUCUAUUUGGGAUAUUUUCAGUGAACAUUCUCUGCACAAAGGUAGUGUUAUACUGGGACACAAUCCUUUUAACAGAUGAGAUAACCAGUUGAAAUCAAGUGAACACUGCCUCCGCACUGAGUUUUGUUCUGUAUUUGGUAGUAAAAUGAUCUAAAAUAAAAGUGGUUUUGUUAGAAAAAA